AUGGUGAAUGGCAGCACUUCGAAUCCAUAUAACGAAGUAGAAAUCUUUCCUAAGACGUGUACCAAACUAACCAAAACUAUCCAACAUACCGGAACUUUGCAGGAACCGAGAGAGCUCAAAUCAUGUUUCGUGGAUGAGUCAGCGACUCCAGUUUCACCUUUCUCAAUUCCGCAGUGCGCCACGAAGGACGAUAUAGCGUUUUAUCGGACCACAUUAUCCUCAUUAUUUAUUAAAAGUGUAAACAAUGAGGGGACACUUCAUACGGAACCGUCCAAGGUCCAAGGUCCAAGCAACAAUUUGGAAUUUCCCAUAACUCUUACCGAUAUUGGUAAUAUUUAUAAAUACUUUUCAAUUUGCGACUUAAACGUUAUUUACGAUCAUGAAGUACUAAUUUAUGUUAUUAAAAUUCCUCUAGUCCAAAAACAACUUAAUAAUUUGUUCAACUUAAUUCCUUUACUUGUUCCCUAUACAAAUUCAAGUGUUUAUUCCUACAUCAAUCCUUCCUACCCUUUCUUACUACUUAGUGCAACCAGAACACAUUACGGCCGACUAAGGGAUCUAUCAGCUUGCAAAAAGAUAUCACUCGAAAACUAUCUAUGCUCCGAAAUUGUGGUUUACCUUGCGUCCGAAACACCAGUGUGCCAAACAAUUUUGGGCACCGACCAACCUGAUAAUCUUACUGAGGACUGUCCAUCCCGCACCAACAAUGCAGACAUCGAGGUGUGGCAUCCCUUAUCCGCUAAUUCUUGGCUGUAUCAUAUAAUAUCACCGAGAAGUCCAAACCAAUACAAAUUCCUAAUGAAGUUCAAUGGUAACAAUUUAGACGAACUUCGCCAUUCGAAGCAGAAAUUGGAACAAUUUAACGAAAUUCUUGAAGAAAAUAUAAAGUAA